GUCUCUUUGUCUUUGUGUUUCUCUUCCAAUAUCCUAAAAACAAAAACCACUAAAACAAGAAAGAAAGAAAGAAAGAAAAAAGCUAAAUCUGAGACACUACUGUCUGAAGAAAGCACCCACCCAAACUCUCUCGGUGUUUUCAGACAAACCAAACGACCAACUUCCGCUAAUCCCGCAACUCUCUCUCUCUUUCUGUCCUUAGAUUUUUGUGUUCUUUUCUAAAUCCUUGCUUUCUGGAUUUAUCUUUAGCCUCCUGAAUUCCUGGGAAAAAAAUUCUUUUCUCUGCCACCGUCUCCACCUAAAUUCAUUGCCAAACACACAAUUCAGAUAUAAUAGUAACAGUAGCAGAAAGAAAGAAAGAAAAAUGGUGAAGAAUCUCAAAAAAGCUAACCCAUCUGUGGUGCUCGCCGCCGAUUCCAAUCUGGCUCCAUCAAAGGACACAGGCCAUCAAUCUGAUGCAAUGUCGUGUAUAUCAUCUGCUGGAGAUGCGACAAGUAGUAUCAAAGGAAGCGAAGUUGACCAUGAUUCCCUUACUACAGAUCAAGGCGGUUCUUAUUCAACCAGCAGCUAUUAUGGAUACUAUUAUCCAGGUUACGAUGGUUCCUAUGGAGAGUUGGACAACCAAGGGUAUUAUGUUGGUGGGGAUGGAUCGGAAUUUCAAUAUCCUGUCAUGCAAGCAGAUAAUGGAUCUUUUGCCUACUUCAUGCCAGGGUUUCAGCCUAGUUACUCUCCAUGCUUACCUGUAACCACAAUUGGUGUUGAUGGACAGUAUGUUGAUCAGCAGGCAUAUCUAUCAAGCCCCAUGUUUCAACCACUCGUCGCCUCCCCUGGUUAUUAUGCCCCUACUUUCCCUUACGGGGAGUUGUUACCGUCACCCUAUAUGUGGGAUCCAUCCCUUCGUGUUGGGGAUGGAGCUUUUGGAAAUAGCUAUGCUGGCUUUCCGGAAUUUUCAGACCCUAAAUCCAAUUUAUCUUCCCCAAGUCAUACCCGUGCUCCUCUUUCUAAAGGCUAUUCUGAGUUUAGCAGUCCAUUGGGUAUCAAUAGCUCCCUACCAUCAUUGGAUAUCUCAUCAGGCCAUGGCAUGCGCAAGCAACUAAAACCAGUGAACAAGUUUUCAGCCCAAAAUCAAGGGAAGGGUGCUUUGCUUUAUUCAAACAACCUGGUUAAUUUAAAAGCAAAUGUGACGGGUUGGGGCAGCACUGAGAAGAUGAAAUCAAGAAGCAAGAUUAAUGGUGUUACCACUAUUGGUUCCCUUAAUGAGCAGAACCAGGGUCCUAGAACAGCCAAUGCAAAAGGUGCAUUGUUGUCUGGAGGUAAUGCUGCUGGAUCCUUGGCAACUGAUGGGAAUGGAAAUAGUAACAGCAUAACCUCUCUAAUCAGGACGGAUCAAUAUAACCUUCCUGACUUUCCGACCAAAUAUGAUCAUGCUUUUUUCUUUGUUAUCAAAUCUUACAGUGAAGAUGAUAUUCAUAAGAGCAUCAAAUACAAUGUGUGGGCUAGUACUCCUAAUGGGAAUAAGAGGCUGGAUGGUGUAUAUCAAGAUGCCCAAGAGAAGAUGGCGGAGAAAGGAAGCAAGUGUCCUGUGUUUCUUUUCUUUUCGGUUAAUGCAAGUGGUCAGUUUUGUGGAGUAGCAGAGAUGAUUGGCCGAGUUGAUUUUAAUAAAAGCAUGGAUUUCUGGCAGCAAGAUAAGUGGAAUGGUUAUUUCCCUGUCAAGUGGCAUAUAAUAAAAGAUGUUCCAAACCCUCAUUUACGACAUAUAAUACUUGAGAAUAAUGACAACAAGCCUGUUACCAACAGUCGAGACACGCAAGAGGUGAGAUUUCCCCAAGGUCUUGAAAUGUUGAAUAUUUUUAAGAACCAUGUUUCAAAGACAUCAAUAUUAGAUGACUUUGAUUUUUAUGAAAGCCGUGAGAGAGUGAUGCAAGAGAAGAGGACAAGGCAAUCAGUACCCCUUUUUAACCUGCAGCAGAAGAUAGAUGAAUUAAACACCAGUUUUAAAUCAAUAGAUCUGUCGGCAGUGAAGAGCAUUGAGCAGCCUGAGGUCGGAGACAAAGUGAAGAAAUGAAGGUAAUAGGGCUGGACAGUUUUCCCGAGGAAAUGAAGCUGCAUUUUGGGAGGCUUUUAAUUGGGUCCAAUUGCUGCUGAUACCAAUGCACUUGGAUGGAAAUAAGAGUUCUCAGUGAAAAAAAAAAAAGGAUUAAAUUAAUUUAUUGAAGAUUUUCAGUGAUCCUUUACUAGGAAAGGAAUGGAAAGGUUGAUCCUUUCAGAAUUGAGUUGGUGGCUUGGCUGGUUGCCAAGGAGUUGCCGUUAAUUGUGUACCAUAUAGUAUAAAAGAAACUUGGAUGAUCCCAUUGAUAUUAUAUGGUUAUGGGGUGUCAUGCAAUACAAGUUUUUCCCAUUUUUUUCCUUUUAAAAA